GUGAUAAUAUGCUCUUUGAGUACAAUACUCAUGAUGAUUAUCAUGCACAACGUGCACAAUAAAUGUACUUAUUGCAUCAAAAGAUAAAACUUUUCUAGUGAUUAUUAUCUUGUUUAUCAUUUCGUUUAAGCUAAAGAUGCUAAACUUAUCAGCGCACUAAUCAUGGAAAUUCCUGACGCUGAAGACUCUAUCAAGUUUGAGGAGAAAUAUUUGGUCCAGCUUCAUGGUGCUUACAAAUGCAUGCAGCGUGAGGCGGGCACGCUCCAAGACAAGCCUUGGCAGUGCCACAUUGUGCGCUGUCAGGAUAUGAGGCGAGUUAUUAAACACAUGAUGUCAUGCCCGUCUGAUAAGAAAUGCAGUUGGCCUGUUGGUUGUUCCUUGUUGAGGCAAGAAAUUAAUCGCUUGGUACGUUGCGAAGAAGAAGAGUGUCCCAUCUGCAUGCAGAAGAAGGAGUGGCAAACGUCUGUAUCAGCAGAACAAAGAAGCAAUUUAAUUGACCUACUGCUGCACACUACUUCCACCUCCAGUUCCAUAUUCUAUGGUAAUAGACCUAUCUCUUUACAUCAGAAAGUAUUAUACAUUAAAUCGAUUGAGGGUGAAAUAUACAAAAAGGCCGAAAAUCUGAUGGAUUACUACCGGAUGCUGGCUGCAAAGAAAUGGGAGAUUAAAAUGUGCAUAGAAGAGAGAGAAAGGAACAGACAGAACAGAGGGCUUUUUCACGUCGAGAGGCGGAGGACGAGGCGGGGUGUCUAUAGUUCCUAUAUACAAUUGAAUGCUCGUGGGGCGGAGCCUGAACAACCCGACAUUCAUUAGAAUCGUUUAUUGCAAACCGUGGUACAUUCAGCAUCAUGGUGGGCGAACAUUUACCGCGUACCGCGUUAGAACCGGCUGACUAAAAUAGCAUCUAAACUAUCAUCUGACAAAGUAUCAGCCGAAAGGCUGACUGACGAUAUAUGCUUCUGGCCCGCGGCCGGGAGUACAUUACAUACAGGAGUACAUUGGGUCUGUUUAGAUAUGGCUGGAUCCAUUCUGACUGUCAGGAUGGCGGGUGACCUGUUUUUUGAUGAUAACUUAUAUACCGUGAGGUACAAUUUUUUUUAAAGGAUGUACUAAAUAGUACAAAUUGGGUACAAAAAUAUGGUAUGCUUUUCAUUUGAUUUUAUUUGGGUCACCCGCCAUUCUGACUCUCACUAUUGUUUACAUAAUUUGGAUAGACUUAAGAAAUUAUGUUAAUUUAUUUGUUGCUGCUCUUCUAUUCAACGUGUCUACUUGUUUGUUCUUCUUUUAUCGUCUUUGUAUUCUUGUAUGUUUGUGACAAUAAAUAAUUAUUAUUCUUAUUCUUAUUCAAUAUAAAGUAUAAUAAUAUAAGUAUACUUCUCCUAUGCUUUGUGUUCUUCUUCUGUUAUGUUAAACUUAUGUUUUCGUCAAUUGUUUUUAUAAUUAAGGCAAAUGUCCUAGUGCCUGACAGACGUUUUUUUAUAAUUCUAGUGCAUCAUGGAUCACCUUGGUUAUCUUAAAAAGAUAACCUAAUGUCACGAGGUCAAGCCCUGGAACACGAGAUAAUUUAGAUGUUAAUCCGUACUGUUAUUUAAGAAAAGGGGUGUUAUGUAUGUAUAUUGGUGGUGGGUAGGGUUAAGUCUACCCGCGCGCCCUCUGGCGCCGCCAUUUUUGUAACCGUAUCUUAGUCCGGUAAUAAACCUAUGUACUGACA